GGGGCAGCAGGAACAGGGACCUAGGCCUGAUUGACUCUGCUGGGCUACUGCCACCAUCACCCCUGUACCCCUUUCCUCAUGCCCAGACUGCCUGUGAGGAGGAAGUGGUAUGAGAGGGGAUCAUCUUUGAGAGCGAAACGGCCAUCCAUCCAGGUCUCACAAUGCGCAGACUUUGAGCUGAGAGUGCACACAGAGGGCUUAGCAGCACUUGGUCAGGACUUCCGGCUCUCUCGUUCUCGUCCUUGGAUUGGCCGUGAGACAUUCGGCCUUGGGCCUGCGCAAUGCGGGACAAGAGAAAAGGAGGGGGUCGGCGGGCAAGAUGGCGGCGACUGCGGCCGGUGUAGGUCGGCUAGAGGAAGAGGCGUUGCGGCGAAAGGAACGGCUGAAGGCCCUACGGGAAAAAACUGGACGCAAGGACAAGGAAGAUGGGGAACCAAAGACCAAGCAGCUCAGAGAAGAGGAGGAAGAAGGCGAGAAGCACAGAUAUACUUCCGGGCCAAGGUUUGUGGCUGAAGAAAUGGGAAUGCCCAGCAGGAUUGGAGACCUCAGUCACUUCCUCCUGACGGCAGGCUGGCUGAUACGUGCCUUGAAGAAAAUGUCGACAACAGCCUCUGCCUGUGUUGAAAGGAGUCUUGAGAGGGAACUCAGGCUGCGGAACUAUGUCCCUGAGGAUGAGGACCUGAAGAGGAGGAGGGUGCCCCAGGCCAAACCUGUUGCAGUGGAGGAGAAGGUGAAGGAGCAGCUGGAGGCCGCUAAGCCUGAGCCGGUCAUCGAGGAGGUGGACCUGGCCAACCUGGCUCCCCGGAAGCCUGACUGGGACCUCAAGAGAGAUGUGGCCAAGAAACUGGAGAAGCUAAAAAAGAGGACCCAGAGGGCCAUUGCUGAGCUGAUUCGUGAGAGGCUGAAAGGCCAGGAAGACGGCCUAGCCUCUGCAGUGGACUCUACCACCGAACAAGAAGCCUGCGACUCGGACUGAGGUGUGCCCUGUCCCCCUGCACCUGUCAGGCCUCUCCUGUCGGUGGACGGUCUUGGGCAGGCUGGGGGCUGGGCUUGCCAUCACCUCCAGUUUGGCUUCAGAGCAGUGACUCUGCGCCGUCAAGUCUGAAACCCUAGUGGGUGAGGUCUCCUGAGUCCUUCCUGCCGUUCUCACUGAGGGCAGAGCCAGCAAGAACUCUGGGGCGUGCCUGUGUCUGUACAUAUGUAUGUAUUUUCAACUUUUUUUAGUCUCUGGAAAUAAAGUCAAGUGAAUGCCUGUGUGGCAGAAACCUGUCA